AUGGAAAAGGAAAAACCUCGCAUUGAUGAAAGUGCUUUGUUUCAAGAUGUUAGUUUUAAUGAUGUAAACGAUCCUUAUGCAAGUGCAUAUUCAAUGUCAAAUCCGUAUGGUAUCGACAACCCAUAUGCUACUGUUACAACACCAACUGAACCAUCUCCUUAUUCAGGAGAUCCAACAAAUAACACAAAGAAUUAUUCACAAUCAUACUCUUCAACCAACCAAGUAGACUCAUUUCAACAAAUAAAUAGUCCAAGUAAAGAAGAUACAGAUAACGAUGAUGGGACUUUCGAUGAAGUAGAAGCACAACGAUAUUACUGUGAAGAAAAACCACUUCAUAAUUUACCACAUCCAUUACAACUUCUCGAAAAACGAAAACCAGGAGUUGACCAACGUACAUCAUUACCUAUGGACCAUGGUAAAAUUGAUUUAUAUAGUAAUGUAGUUUUCGUAGGUAAUUUACCAGAUGGAAUAGAUGAAGUGGGUAUAGCUAAAUUAUUCCAAAAUAUAUGUGUUCCAAGAAAAAUUGUUUUAUUUGCACAAAAACAUCAUUGUUUUGUUACACUAUACACGAGAAAAGAUGCUAUGGCAGUGUUUCAUUUCUUAUUCAGAUAUGACACAGGAAGUCAUCUCCCUUUUAUUGUUAGUUGGGGAAAAGAAUAUUGGAUGAAAAAGGACGAGUAUGAUGAAAGAAUUGGCAAGUGCAUUAUCUCUCCAGAAGUAAUUCCUCCUAACAUCAUUGUAAAUUUUGAUAAUUCAUAUGUGUACGUAGAGGAUUUGGAUAAAAUAUAUGGAAUUCCUGUUCCAGUUAUGCCUAUGGAACAACCAAUACCUCAAAAUAUCAUCUCCUCAUCGGUAUGA